GGCAGUGUCGUGAAGCAGACGAGCAUUGGAGGUAAACAGUCAACAGGAAAAACAAUUUCUCUCGUGAUCUACUUUAUUUUAUCAGCCUAUAAACCAGUUAUUAUUGAAUAAAUUAAAGAUAAUUGAAUUUAAAAAUGCCAAGUCUUGAAAGUGAAAUUGAAGGAAUAAUUGAAACUUUCACCAAUAACCUCAAGCAAAGAAAAUUCAAGGGAUCGAGAGAUUUGGCCCUUAAUUCUGUACAGCUAUGGAAAAAAAUCAUUGGACAAAUGAAAUGGCAAAAUGCAAGGGAGCUAAUGGAUGCCAUCAAACAGAUUGGUAAAGAUCUGGCAGAGACUUUACCUUCCGAAACAGUUAUUGGCAAUAUGACGAGAAGAAUGCUGAAGAUUGUACGGGAUGAGUAUGCUAUGCUGCAGAAAGUAAAACAGGAAGAAUCUGAAGAAUCACUUCAAAAAAUUCUUACGGCAGGUGAAGUUGAUGUUGAUUAUAUUAAAAACAUACCUUCACUCAAAUCAGCCAUCAUGGAACACAUUGGAGAGUUUCUCACCGAACUAGAAUCUAGUGAAAUUGACAUUUCAGCACAAGCACUAGAACACAUUCAUGCUAAUGAAAUCAUCAUGACGAUUGGAUACUCUAAGACUGUCUUUGCAUUUCUGAAGACAGCUGCCAGAGAUCGAGCCUUCCAGGUCAUCGUGGCUGAAUGCGCCCCUUUCUACCACGGGCAUAAAUUGGCUGCAGACUUAGCCGAAGCCAAAAUCUCUACCACUCUCAUUCCGGACUCGGCUAUUUUCGCUAUGAUGGCUCGUGUCAACAAAGUUAUCAUUGGCACUCACUCUGUAAUGGCUAAUGGUGGUUUGAAAUCAGUAUGUGGUACUCACACCCUCGCGCUGGCGGCGAAACAUUAUUCAGUUCCGCUUGUCGUGUGCGCGCCCAUGUUUAAAUUAUGCCCAGAAUAUGUAUGCAGUCUAGAUCAGGAUGGUUUCAACCAGUUUGCCUCGCCUGAAGAAGUGUUAAGCUAUGACGAAGGCAUGCUCGUUUCGCGAGUAAAUGUCUACAAUCCCAUAUUCGAUUACGUACCGCCAGAGCUUGUUACCCUCUUCAUAUCGAAUACGGGAGGCAAUGCACCUUCAUAUAUUUACCGACUGCUGAGCGAACUUUACCAUCCUCUAGAUGUGCAAUUGUGAUGCAAAAAAAUGCUUUGUAUUAAAAGCAGCUGGAUUACACAAACAGAAGUACGAAGUCACGAG